AUGGCUUCCUCCAGCAUUCUCCUGUCUGAAGAGCAGUUCCUGUGCUCUAUCUGUCUGGAUGUGUUCACUGAGCCACAAGCCCCACCCUUAAAGAGACACAAACUGAUCGACCCUGUGGAGAACCUGGAAGACAGGAUCUGUAAGAAACAUGACAGACUCUUGGAGAUGUUCUGUAGGACUGACCAGACAUGUGUGUGUCAGUUAUGCACUGAGGCAAAACACAAGACUCAUGACACUGUCCCUAUAGAGGAAGAGUGUAGAGCGAGGAAGGCUCAGCUUGGGAAAACUGAGGCAGAAGUGCAGCAGAUUAUCAAUGGGCGACUGAAGAAGGUUAAAAAGAUCAGACUCUCAGUAGAUCUCAGCAAGAGAGAUGCAGAGAGAGAGAUAGCAAAGAGCAUGCAGGUCUUCACUGCUCUGGUGUGCUCCAUUAAGAAAAGCCAGGUUGAGCUUGUUCAGGUAAUUAAGGAGAAGCAGAAAGCAGUACAGAGGCAGGCUGAAGGGAUCAUUAAAGAGGUGGAGCAGGAAAUCACUGAGCUAAAGAGGAGAAGCAAUGAUCUGAAGCAGCUCUCACACACUGAGGACCCCUUCCAACUUCUCCAGAGCUUCAUAUCCCUAGCGUACAAACGUCCACCCACCAAGGACUGGUCUGAGAUCAGUGUUCACAGUGAUCUGUGUGUGGGGACUGUGUGGAGAGCUGUGUCUCACCUGGAGGAGACACUGAAUAAAGAGAUGGAGAAGCUGCCUGGAGUCAAACUGAAGAGGAUUCAGCAGUAUGCAGUGGAUGUGACUCUGGACCCUGAUACAGCAAACCCCUGGCUCAUCCUGUCUGAGGAUAGGAAACAAGUAAGACAUGGAAACACACCACAGAAUCUUCUAGACAAUCCAAAAAAGUUUGAUUGUCAUCCGUUUGUCCUUGGAAAGGAUGGCUUCUCCUCAGGAAGAUUUUACUAUGAUGUGAUUGUUAAGGGGAAGACAAGAUGGACUUUAGGAGUGGCCAGAGAGUCCACUGACAGGAAGGGGAUUAUCACACUGAGACCUGAGGAUGGACUAUGGACUGUGUCCCGAAGGGAUGAGAAUGUGUACCAUAACUGUUCCUCCACCCCUGUCCUCCUCUCCCUGAGAAAGAAGCCCCAGAAGGUGGGGGUGUUUGUGGACUAUGAGGAGGGUCUUGUCUCCUUUUAUGAUGUGGAGGCCAAGUCUCAUAUCUACUCUUUCACUGGCUGCACCUUUACAGAGAAACUCUUUCCAUUCUUCGGCCCCUCUGAUAAUGAUGAUGGUCAAAACUCAGCCCCUCUCAUCAUCUCUCCUGUCAAUCGCACACACUGAUUAAACAAUGCAGAAAGGGAAUGGAUAAUUCAUUAAUUGCAUUAAUAAAUCAUUAAAUGUAUCAAUUUAGAAAUUAUUAUAUUCAGUCAGUCGACAUGACACAUUAUAUUUUCCAUGGAUGUCCUCUGAAAUCUCAUCAUCAAAUGAAAAUGGAAACUUCUUCACUCUGUUAGGACAGAUUGAAUAUUACUGUGGAAGGGGUGGUCCGAAAUAGGGGAGGGUUGUCAAACCUUUUUUAUUGUUUUGGGGAUGGAUGUGUGUUUUCUUUUUGGGGGGGUGGUGGGGGUAGUGCAAU